GCCGGUCGUGGUCGCCCAGCUGUGUCCGGGGUCGCGUGAGAAAGCUCUGCCGGGCUGAGGGCCGGGCGGGUCGACCGGGAGCGGCGCGCGCCCCCGCCACCAUCGCGCCCCGCGCCCCCGCCUGCGGCCUGCGUGGGGGUCGCGGGGCGCAGGCGCGGCGGGCCGGCGGGCGGGGGGUCCUCCCCACGGGCGCGCGGGAGCCUUUGUUCCCGGCGCGCGGGUGGGGCGGGGCGUCGGGGGCGCCCCGCCCCGCCGCGCUCAGGUCCCACCCCGUGUCCGCCCGCAGGAGCCGCCGCCGGGUCCCGCUCGCCGGCAGCCUCAGCCACCGCCGCCGCCUCCUCCUCCUCCUCCUCCUCCUCCUCCUCCCGCCUGGCCGGCCGGCCCUGCGCCGCCGCCGCCCCCAGCGCCGGAGCCAUGGCGGGCACCGCGUCCCCCUGCGCCAAUGGCUGCGGGCCCGGCGCGCCCUCGGACGCCGAGGUACUGCACCUCUGCCGCAGCCUCGAGGUGGGCACCGUCAUGACUUUGUUCUACUCCAAGAAGUCGCAGCGGCCCGAGCGGAAGACCUUCCAGGUCAAGCUGGAGACGCGCCAGAUCACGUGGAGCCGCGGCGCCGACAAGAUCGAGGGGGCCAUUGAUAUUCGUGAAAUCAAGGAGAUCCGCCCAGGGAAGACCUCACGGGACUUUGAUCGCUAUCAAGAGGACCCUGCUUUCCGGCCAGACCAGUCACACUGCUUUGUCAUCCUCUAUGGGAUGGAAUUCCGCCUGAAGACCCUGAGCCUGCAAGCCACAUCUGAGGAUGAGGUGAACAUGUGGAUCAAGGGCUUAUCUUGGCUAAUGGAGGACACAUUGCAGGCAGCCACACCCCUGCAGAUUGAGCGGUGGCUCCGGAAGCAGUUCUACUCAGUGGAUCGGAAUCGUGAGGAUCGUAUAUCAGCCAAGGACCUGAAGAACAUGCUGUCCCAGGUCAACUACCGAGUCCCCAACAUGCGCUUCCUCCGAGAGCGGCUGACGGACCUGGAGCAGCGCAGCGGGGACAUCACCUAUGGGCAGUUUGCUCAGCUAUACCGCAGCCUCAUGUACAGCGCCCAGAAGACGAUGGACCUCCCCUUCUUGGAAGCCAGUGCCCUGAGGGCUGGGGAGCGGCCAGAGCUUUGCCGAGUGUCCCUUCCUGAGUUCCAGCAGUUCCUCCUCGACUACCAGGGGGAGCUAUGGGCUGUAGACCGGCUCCAGGUGCAAGAGUUCAUGCUCAGCUUUCUCCGAGACCCCUUGCGAGAGAUUGAAGAACCAUAUUUCUUUCUGGAUGAGUUUGUCACCUUCCUGUUCUCCAAAGAGAACAGUGUGUGGAAUACCCAGCUAGAUGCGGUGUGCCCAGACACCAUGAACAACCCUCUCUCCCACUACUGGAUCUCCUCCUCGCACAACACGUACCUGACUGGGGACCAGUUCUCCAGUGAGUCCUCGCUGGAAGCCUACGCUCGCUGCCUGCGGAUGGGCUGUCGCUGCAUUGAGUUGGACUGCUGGGAUGGCCCAGAUGGGAUGCCGGUCAUUUACCACGGACACACCCUCACCACCAAGAUCAAGUUCUCAGACGUCCUGCACACCAUCAAGGAGCAUGCCUUUGUGGCCUCAGAGUACCCAGUCAUCCUGUCCAUUGAGGACCACUGCAGCAUUGCCCAGCAGAGGAACAUGGCCCAGUACUUCAAGAAGGUGCUUGGGGACACGCUCCUCACUAAGCCAGUGGACAUCGCCGCUGAUGGGCUGCCCUCACCCAACCAGCUCAAGAGGAAGAUCCUCAUCAAGCACAAGAAGCUGGCUGAGGGCAGCGCCUACGAGGAGGUGCCUACAUCCGUGAUGUACUCUGAGAACGACAUUAGCAACUCCAUCAAGAAUGGCAUCCUCUACCUGGAGGACCCUGUGAACCACGAAUGGUAUCCCCACUACUUCGUUCUGACCAGCAGCAAGAUCUACUACUCUGAGGAGACCAGCAGUGACCAGGGCAACGAGGAUGAGGAGGAGCCCAAGGAGGUCAGCGGCAGCACAGAGCUACACUCCAACGAGAAGUGGUUCCACGGGAAGCUUGGGGCGGGGCGGGAUGGGCGGCACAUCGCUGAGCGCUUGCUCACCGAGUACUGUAUCGAGACCGGGGCCCCCGACGGCUCCUUCCUGGUGCGAGAGAGUGAGACCUUCGUGGGCGACUACACGCUCUCUUUCUGGCGGAACGGGAAGGUCCAGCACUGCCGUAUCCACUCCCGGCAGGAUGCUGGGACCCCCAAGUUCUUCUUGACGGACAACCUCGUCUUUGACUCCCUCUACGACCUCAUCACGCACUACCAGCAGGUGCCCCUGCGCUGCAAUGAGUUUGAGAUGCGCCUUUCAGAGCCUGUCCCACAGACCAAUGCCCACGAGAGCAAAGAGUGGUACCAUGCAAGCCUGACCAGAGCGCAAGCCGAGCACAUGCUGAUGCGUGUACCCCGGGAUGGGGCCUUUCUGGUGCGGAAACGGAAUGAACCCAACUCAUACGCCAUCUCCUUCCGGGCUGAGGGCAAGAUCAAGCAUUGCCGCGUCCAGCAGGAGGGCCAGACUGUGAUGCUGGGCAACUCGGAGUUUGACAGCCUUGUUGACCUCAUCAGCUACUACGAGAAGCAUCCGCUGUACCGAAAGAUGAAGCUGCGCUAUCCCAUCAAUGAGGAGGCGCUGGAGAAGAUUGGCACAGCUGAGCCCGACUACGGGGCCCUGUAUGAGGGACGCAACCCUGGCUUCUACGUAGAGGCGAACCCUAUGCCGACUUUCAAGUGUGCAGUCAAAGCCCUCUUCGACUACAAGGCCCAGAGAGACGACGAGCUGACCUUUACCAAGAGUGCUAUCAUCCAGAACGUGGAGAAGCAGGAGGGAGGCUGGUGGCGAGGGGACUAUGGAGGGAAGAAGCAGCUGUGGUUCCCAUCAAACUAUGUGGAAGAGAUGGUCAGCCCAGUGGCACUGGAGCCGGAGAGGGAGCACUUGGACGAGAACAGCCCCUUGGGGGACUUGCUGCGGGGGGUCUUGGAUGUGCCGGCUUGUCAGAUUGCCAUCCGUCCUGAGGGCAAGAACAACCGGCUCUUCGUCUUCUCCAUCAGCAUGGCCUCAGUGCCCCACUGGUCCCUGGACGUUGCUGCUGACUCCCAGGAGGAGCUGCAGGACUGGGUGAAAAAGAUCCGUGAAGUGGCCCAGACUGCAGAUGCCAGGCUCACGGAGGGGAAGAUGAUGGAACGGAGGAAGAAGAUCGCCCUGGAGCUCUCUGAGCUUGUCGUCUACUGCCGGCCUGUUCCCUUCGAUGAAGAGAAGAUCGGCACAGAACGUGCCUGCUACCGGGACAUGUCAUCCUUUCCGGAAACCAAGGCUGAGAAAUACGUGAACAAGGCUAAAGGCAAGAAGUUCCUCCAGUACAAUCGGCUGCAGCUGUCCCGCAUCUACCCCAAGGGCCAGCGGCUGGACUCCUCCAAUUACGAUCCUUUGCCCAUGUGGAUCUGUGGCAGUCAGCUUGUGGCCCUCAACUUCCAGACCCCAGACAAGCCUAUGCAGAUGAACCAGGCCCUCUUCAUGGCUGGCAGGCACUGCGGCUACGUGCUGCAGCCAGGCACUAUGCGCGACGAGGCCUUUGACCCCUUUGACAAGAGCAGCCUCCGCGGGCUGGAGCCAUGUGCCAUCUGUAUUGAGGUGCUGGGGGCCCGGCAUCUGCCGAAGAAUGGCCGAGGCAUUGUGUGUCCUUUCGUGGAGAUCGAGGUGGCUGGAGCUGAGUAUGACAACGCUAAGCAGAAGACAGAGUUUGUGGUGGACAAUGGACUUAACCCCAUGUGGCCGGCCAAGCCCUUCCUCUUCCAGAUCAGUAACCCUGAGUUUGCCUUCCUGCGCUUCGUGGUGUAUGAGGAAGACAUGUUUAGUGACCAGAACUUCCUGGCUCAGGCUACUUUCCCAGUAAAAGGCCUGAAGACAGGAUACAGAGCGGUGCCUUUGAAGAACAACUACAGUGAGGACCUGGAGUUGGCCUCCCUGCUUAUCAAGAUCGACGUUUUCCCUGCCAAGGAAAACGGUGACCUCAGUCCCUUCAGUGGUACGUCCCUGCGGGAGCGGGGCUCAGAUGCCUCAGGCCAGCUGUUUCACGGCCGGGCCCGGGAAGGCUCCUUUGAAGCCCGCUACCAGCAGCCAUUUGAGGACUUCCGCAUCUCCCAGGAGCAUCUCGCAGACCAUUUUGACAGUCGGGAACGAAGGGCCCCAAGAAGGACUCGGGUCAAUGGAGACAACCGCCUCUAGUUGUGCCCCCACCUCGUUGGAGAGCAGCAGGUGCUGCACGCCUCAUGGAAUGCCGUGAACUGGGUUCUUCGGAAGCAGCCUGCUGUGGCAGCCUUGCUGGCCUCGCAGCCUGGAUUGCAGCAGUGAAUGCUAGACAGAAACCAAGCCAUCGCCGAAGUGUAUUACCGUCUGGGGCCUCCGUGCCCCGGCUCCGAGUGAAGGCAAAAACUGUACUGUGUCUCGCAUUAAGCACACAUCUGGCCCUGACUUCUGGAGAUGGAUCCUUCCAUCUCGUGGGGCCAGGACCACGGCUAAAGCCCCUUGGAGAGAGAGGCUGCCUCAACCAGUGGCACAGGAGGCUCUAAGGAGCCGCUGACAUUCCUGAGAGUGGAGGAGGAGGAGCCUUGCUGGGCCAGGGAAACAAAGUUUACAUUGUCCUGUAGCUUUAAAACCACAGCUGGGCAGGGGGAGUGGGCACAGGCCCCUGCAGUUUGGCCCUGGAGCCAGGGUGGGGGAGUGCGGGGCCUGUGUGGAGAUGCUCUGCCCUGCCCGAGGAGGAGGACACAGCACAAGGGCACAUCGCCCAUGGCCGGGAACACCACCUAGCCUGAAAGAUACAGGGGAUCAUGUUAAAAAUAGCAGUAUUAUUUUUCUUCUCAAUGGGAUUGUAACUAAGUUAUUUACUCCUCUUGCUCCUCACCCUUGUAGGGAGCCCUCGGAGUAGAGCCUUUGAGAGGAGAGCGGCAGGUGAGGUACCUGCCGUGUGGGGAGGGCUCAGUUUGGGACGUUAAGGCACUGUCAGGAAUGGGGAGGGGGGCGGGAAGAGAAGAAAUAACAGAGCCUAUUCUGGUGAGGUUUUUUGUUUUCUGUUUUUAAGGCAAAGAAAAUUCACUAUGCUUUCCCUUAGGAAUGAAAAAGGGAUUUAAGGAGUUGCCUGCCUCAUGGGGAGGUGGGGGGCAGGCAGUCAGGUGCUGAAAGAAGCUGCUGCACUUACUGCAGCUUCGGCCUAAUCUAAAACGUUCCAAGGAAGGAGACGGGAAGGUUGGGCAGGCAGUCCCCACCUCUGAGGACAGAGGCUGGGGCCCAGGCCCGUGGGUGCAAAGGUGCCUCACAGCAUAGCCAGCAUUCAGCACACGCAAACCCACUGCCCACCUUUGGGCUCAGGGUUGGCCAUUUGCUAGUUCUGCUGCCCUCUUAAGAUCUGACUGCCAAAUAAAUCAUCCUCAUGUCCUUUUUCCUUUAA